AUGUAUAACAGUAGGGACUAUGAUGACCCCGAAGAACGCAACCGACAGAUUAUGCUGGAAGGUACAAGGGUUUUAGAAAGAACUGGAGAAAGUAUAGCGAGAUCGGAGCAAAUAGCUGUAGAAACGGAGACAAUAGGAAACGAAGUUAUUUCCGAAUUGGGCCAACAACGAGAGUCUUUACUGAGGACGCGGGGCCGAUUGGAAAAUGCUAAUACACAGCUGGAUUAUACCAAAUCGGUGUUGAAGAAAAUGGGGAGAAAUGUGAUCUACAACAAGCUUAUACUGAUAUUGAUAAUUGUAAUUGAAGUACUAAUCCUGAUUUCGUUGUCAUACCUAAAGAUUUUUAAGAAAUAAAACUAUAUGUGAUAUGUUUUAUCAAAUAUA